AUCAGCCGUUAUCCAUCCAUAUUUGGCAUCGACGCGCGAAGUUCAUCACCCUUUCCAAAGAUUAUCUGCCCAACACACUUAGCCCGUUAGCCGCUUAAGCUUGUUGAAUGAACACAAACACAAACACAAACAUAAACCAGGAGAGAGAAACAGAGAAUGAUUAGUCUAUCGUUAAGCCCUGGAUUGUGGUUGAGCAAUUCUGAAAUCAACUUAUCUUAUUGUUCUCCUCUUUAUAAUUCACCAAUUUCACUCAAAUCUUCACGCUCCUCUUCAGUUUCUUUUCCUCAUUUUAAUGGCGGCCUUUCCGCAAGAUUCACCCCUCUUUCGUGCCACAAUAUUUCCAUGGAGUCCUCCAAUACCACUCACUAUGAGUUUUCUGACGGAUCUUCCGAUUUGGAGCUAAGAUUACUCUUAAAAGAUAUGAGGGUGCAAAGUCCUAAGGAAGUACAUGUGGAUGUUGAUGAAAAUUCCUUAGCUGUAAGAAUAAAACAAGCCGGAUCCGUCACAACAUUGAUGGAAACUAAGCAGCUCUAUGACAAGAUUAAACCUGGGGAAACUAUAUGGUAUCUUGAUGAAGACCAAUUGGUUAUUAACUUGAGGAAGCAGGACCAAGAGCUGAAAUGGCCUGAUAUCGUGGAAUCCUGGGAAUCCCUUAGUAUUGGUGUCUUUCAGCUUCUCAAAGGGACAUCAAUCUAUAUAGUUGGUGAUUCCUCAGAGAUUAAUCAGAAGGUUGCUGAGGAGCUUGCAGUUGGUCUUCGUUAUACACCACUUGAUACGGAAAGCUUGCUGGAAACAUUUGGAGAGCAAAGCAUAGAGUCCUGGGUGACUGCAGAAGGAUCUGACGCUGUGGCAGAGGGAGAGGCAGCAGUUUUAGAGAGUCUAAGUAGCAACGUUCGAGCUGUUGUUGCAACAUUAGGUGGCAAACAUGGAGCUGCUGCACGAGCAGAUAAAUGGCGGCAUCUUUAUGCAGGAUUUACGGUCUGGUUGUCACAAUCCGAAGCAGCAGAUGAAGAUUCGGCUAAAGAAGAGGCAAGAAAGCAAGUCUAUGAUGGCCGUGAAUCUUAUUCAAAAGCGGAAGUGGUUGUUAAGUUUGACAGUUGGGAUGCUUGUCAUGCCAAAGCUGUGGCCCAGGCUUCAUUGAGUGCUUUGAAACAGCUAAUUCUAUCUGAUAAAAAGCUCCCAGGUAAAAAGAGUCUUUAUAUAAGGCUAGGAUGUCGUGGAGAUUGGCCAAACAUCAACCCUCCAGGUUGGGAUCCUUCAACGCCAACAGAUACACAUGCUAAUGCAUUGUAGAUUGAGCUAUAGAAAUUGUUCGAACUGCUCCACUUGAAACAUAUCACCGUGUUAGGCGUUUGGAAUAUUGUGUAACAAUCGUGACAUUUCCCAGGCAGAGUUAGUUUACCAUCUUGUUUGCGUGUAUUUUUUUGAUGUACGAUGAAUAGAGAGCUUGGCGAUUCCUCAUUGCUCUUGGUAAAUGCAAUACUCCAUAUUUUUAUGAAAAUGCAAAAAGGUUAUUGUUCA